CAGAGAAGUGCAAAGAGGAAAGAGGAUGACUUCGAAGUCGCGUACCUGCAUUCCAACAACUUUGUUUUCAAAAGAAAGCAAACAGCACCCAAAACGAAGCAUCUUUUCCUUUGGAAAGUUGUUUCAUUACUUUUGGAUUUUUCAGGAACGGUUUAUUUGCCUUUCGGGAAAUUCAUUAGAUCUUUGGACUUCGUACUGUACAAGGUAGCCUGCAAAGUUCAGUGCGCCAUUGAACCGGUCUUCAUUUCUGGCUUUUCUACAUUUACCUUGCAUUCAUUUAAACUAUUCCUAUAUUUACUAUUGAUACAUUCGUAUCUCUUGCCUUGAAAACAUAUUCCAGGAUUUACGAGCUUUCUUCUCUUUACUGUUGCUUCUGUAGUACACAAGCUUGUCAUCCUAUACACUCUUUCUUUUUUGAAGAAUAUAACAUCAUCUUGUAUCUAAAAUCGUACUCUUUCCUCGGCUAGACAUAAGUUGUUAUUCAAAGAUUACUUUUUAUUUGCGAAGUCAAUACUAGUAACACAAUUAGUUGUGGUUUCACUUCUUUAAUAUGAAUUUGGCCCGAUUACUUUCACGAAGAGCUAAAUAUCUGAGCAUUUUUGUCGUGAUUUUGCUUCUUUUUUGUCUAUAUUCCUUUAAAUCACUGACAUAUGCUUCUUCUAAACGAAACAGUUUUCAAGCACCUGUUCAAUCCAAAAAUCCGAUCCAAAAGGAUCCCAAUUCUAUCUUGAUGCUUGUGUUAAGCAACGAUCAAAUUUCGGAUAAUCCCAAGUUCCUCGACAAGCUUCUUUCUGACAGAAACGAGUACGCUCAGCGUCAUGGUUACCAGUUCAUACACAAAAAGGCUCACGAAAUUGAGCGUAAAUAUGGAAGUAAAAACACGUGGAGUCUCGUCACUGCAAUCAGGGAGACGUUAUACGAACAUCCUGAGGCUUCUUGGAUUUGGGUGUUAGAUCCAAGAGCUGUUAUAAUGAAUACAGGAGAAUCACUUAAAGAGGCUAUAAUGAAUCCGGAGCAACUUGCUAGUAGCUAUCUGCGCAAUCAUGCCGUUGAUCCAUUAAAGCCUCGUAUUCGUACGCGCAACAAAAUGGAUCUUGAAGAUGUUAAACUUAUCACAACAAACGACUAUAAUGGAAUUAGUGUCCGUUCCUUCCUUCUCAAAAACGAUGAUUUUGCUACAUUCUUACUUGAUUCUUGGAAUGAGCCGCUAUUUAAAACAUUCAAAUCAGAAUUAGCUGAAAGAUCUGCUUUGUCUCAUUUAUUAGAAAUUCAUCCUACCAUUAUGAAUCACGUGGCACUUGUUUUUCCUAAAGUUUUAAACUCCUAUACUGAUUCUGCUGUGGACCUGAAUUAUCAAGAAGGAGAUUUCCUAGUGCUCAGCAAUUGCGAGAAUGGAGCAUCUUGCGAGCGCUUCUUUGACACCUAUGUUAAGCAACGAAGACCAUAUAAUCCCAAUAAAAAGAAGCCUUCUAGCUAAUUUAAUUAUGAAGUCUGGAAUAGAAACGUUCUUUAUAGGCAUCUCUGUCUUAUUUAAUCUGUUUACUUUCAAAGGAGUUAAUUAGUCUCAAGAAAACUAUAAUACAUGAAUUAUUUACUUUCACAUAUACUCACUCUUCUUAUUGUCUUCAAUAAAGUCUAAACCU